AUGCUCUCUGAAAAAUGGGACAUUCUAGGGCCAUUCAGGCUCGGUACAAGAGAAGCCAUCUGGGGAGCAGACCCCCUGGAGUAUCACGGUGGGUUCCACGGUCUACCGCAUGUUUCCAAUGCAACCUUCAACAGUGCUCUCACAAUGAAUGGGUCGGUCCAAUGGGGCACCACGUAUGCAACUAUCUCAAGAUCCUCCCGCGGGCAGGUCAAGGCUGCCCUAACUGUGAGUUUCCCGGCCACCAAUUGGGAGUUCUUGCAAUCGGUCUAUGGCUGGCCAGCCCUACAGUACCAGGCAUGGGCUCGCGGAACUUUGGAGAUCAAAGGAUCUCAGCCGCAGACAAUAGCCCUCUCCGGGGGCGGCCUGCUGGAAUUCUUGGUGGAUGGCAAGCCAUAUUUUGGCGGGGACUUGUAUCAUUAUCACCGGGCCCCCAGCCUACUCCAGUUGUCUCCCGGUCCUCAUGUGCUCGAGCUCCGGCUCACUCGGGAUGUACGUGCUCUUGGUGGAGUGGACAAUGCUAUUGAAGUAACCAUCGAUGCCGAGCUGCGGGAAACGGAGCCCAUCACUCUGGAUCAAGGCAGUCUGUUAGUCUCUGAGUUGACUGGUGGGAGGCUCGGGAGUCCCUGGAGCUCGAUCAAUGUGCAGAACAAUGACGGAGCAGAUGUGAUGAUCACCUCUAUCCGCGCAUUCAAGACGUUGCAUCACGUGUCAAUGAGGGAACCCCUGCAAAUAUCUGGACAUCAGACUCGACCUCUAAUUUUCACUAUCUCUCUCUCGACGCUUGAGGAGCAACACUUCUCUGUGGAGGUAAUAUGUCAAACUGCUGACCAGAUUUCUCGGGCCCUAUACUUCGACAUCGACCUCGAAGAAAGAGCUCUGUCAGAUUCAAUCAGGAUCACUUACCUGCAUCCGGCAGGCAUUGUUUCUUAUGCCAUUCUGCGGCCUCCGCCUGUCGAGUCUUGUAAUGUCUCGCUAGCCGUUCCGGUGAUUCUUGUUCUCCACGGGGCUGGGCUGGCUGCGGAUAGCUCUCAGGCGCGGGGCAUGCUAGAUGAAGCAUACGGGACGUGUUCUUGGAUGUUGUUUCCGAGCGGCGUCACUUCAUGGAGCGGAGAUGACUGGCACCUUUGGGGCGUUGCUGACAUUCAGGCUGCAGUUUCCGCCAUUGCAGACUGGGCCACAGCUGUCAGAUGGGCCGGUCCUGGUGCUGCUCGAGAGGAGCUUGUCGUGGCCGGUCACUCCAAUGGGGGCCAGGGCGCAUGGUACUAUGCAACGCAUUUCCCGGACAAUGUCUCCGCUGUAGCACCUGUCUCCGGGUACACAUCGAUUGAAAAUUAUGUACCUUAUACGAUGUGGCAGGUCUUGGAGCCCUCACUUUCCUCCGUCCUCGCAAGAUCAAGGUCUGCCUAUAAACACGAAUUGUUAGUAGGGAAUCUGGCUGGUAUUCCAGUGGCACAACAGCACGGUGCAGAAGAUGAUAAUGUGCCAGCAUAUCACGCACGAUUGAUGCACGAGCUCCUAGGUCAGGCGCAGUGGCCAUCCAAGUAUGAAGAACUACCAGGCAAGGGUCACUGGUUUGAAGGCGUGAUGACGACGGAUUAUCUAAAAGGGUUCUACCAGGCCAUGGUCAGCCAGUUCAGAAAGGCGGCAGAAAUUCCACAAACGUUCACCGUCACAGUCCCAGCUUCUGGAAACUUGGGGUCUAAGGCUGGAAUCCAGGUCGACCAGCUCCAAUCACCUGAUGUAAACGGUAAGUUGCGCGUCACUCGCUUUUCGGACAACAGGACUUGGCACAUCAACACUAGCAAUAUUCGUCGCUUCCACAUGUCGGCAACCUCGUCUCGGAUUGAGUUGCCUGCGGCCAUUGUACUUGAUGAUACGACAGGAACUUUUGAUGUGAAUCUCGCCCAAAUAACGCAAACUUGGUACUUGAGAGGUGCCGACGGGAAAUGGAACGUCUCUCAUAACCCGCACUGGAAGACUGUUCAUCAACGAUAUGGCCGUCAGCUUGGUGCACUCGAUGCCAUUCUUCGCACUCAAGGAACAUUCACGAUCCAAGUGUGUUCACCAGGAGUGGAAUACAUUGCUCUUCAAAUCAGUCGCAAUCUCUUUCAGUAUUUUGCAGCCGAUGCUCAGAUCCUCAGGUACUGUUCGAGCAACAGCUCGCAGCAUCAAUCUGGAAACAUCAUCACGCUUGCUGUAGGUCAGGAUCUUCCCACGGCACUGCUAGAGAAAUAUCCGAUUCGCAUUGACAAAGGCCGUCUUGUCAUGUCAACAACCAACCCCUUGUCCACGCUGCCGACCUUGAGGCAUGAAUAUGUGUAUGAUGAACCAGGUUUGGGCGCAGUCUUUCUUCGACCCUGCGAGGACGAAAAAUUGGAGUUGGUAAUUUGGGGCACCGAUUCGGUUGGUCUGCUGCAGGCCGCUCGUCUUGCCCCGACUGUCACUGGGUCAGGACAGCCCGAGUAUGUGGUCCUGAACGCUCGCUCUCGCUGGGAAGGCGUAGCUGGAGUUUAUGCCGCCGGGCAUUUGGAUUGGUCCUGGCAGAUAUCACCGGGCUCAUACCACUCUGAUCCCAUCUGA